AUGAAUCGGGCCUUGAUUCUCCUUGCUUCGGCCAGUGCGGCUUAUGCAACCUCUCUAAGCAGUGCAUGCACAGCUGCGCGUGUUCGCGACUCGUUGCCCGAGGACGGCUACAUUCUGGGUGUCACCUUUGACCAAGACUCGGUCACUGCCAAUGCUGUCUACAACUCCUCGCACUCUGAUGAGGUCUUCUUCCCCGAUGCCACCAUCAACUACUGCAAUGUCACCUUCACCUACACCCACGAAGGGUCGGAUGACACCGUGAUUCUUGGCUACUACUUGCCAGCGCCUUCGAACUUCAAGAACCGCUUCCUUGCUACUGGUGGUGGUGCUUAUGCCAUCCAGUCCGGCUCGAUGUCCGCCCCCGGAGGUGUCAUGUACGGCGCCGCCUCGGGCUUCACCGAUGGAGGAUUCGGAAGCAUGGACACUGACUUCGAUGACAUCUUCCUGCUUAACAACGGUACAAUCAACUGGCCGUCUGUUUACAUGUUCGGUUACCAGGCUAUCAAGGAGAUGACUAUCAUCGGAAAGCAAUUCACCAAGAACUUCUACGACGUCGCCAACAACACCAAGGUCUAUUCCUACUACCAGGGCUGCUCCGAGGGAGGUCGUGAGGGAUUCUCCCAAGCCCAGCGCGCUGGUGAGGAGUAUGAUGGUUUGAUGAUUGGUGCUCCCGCCAUUCGUUACGGUCAGCAGCAGGCUAACCACCUCUACUCGAACAUUGUCGAGAAGACCCUGGACUACUACCCCCCUCCUUGCGAGCUUGAGAAGAUCGUUAACGAGACCAUUGCCGCCUGUGAUCCUCUUGAUGGCCGUAAGGAUGGUGUUGUGUCGCGUUCCGAUCUCUGCCAGCUGCAAUUCAACAUGACCUCGAUUAUCGGCAAGUCCUACUACUGCGCCAGCUCCAGCUCCAGCAGCCUUGGCCUUGGAUUCGGCAAGCGUGACUCGACCGAGCCCGCCCAGAACGGCACUGUCAGUGCCGAGGGUGUUGCUGUGGCCCAGAAGAUUGUCGACGGAUUGCAUGACUCGAAGGGUCGCCGCGCCUACAUCUCUUACCAGAUGGGUGCCGCGUUCGAUGAUGCCGCAACCUCUUACGACUCUACCACUGGCGAGUGGGGACUGGAUAUUGCCGGCGCUGGCGGUGAAUGGAUUGCCCGUUUCCUGGAGCUGCACGACGAGGACAACCUGUCCAGCCUGGAGGGUUACACCUACGACACCCUCGUUGGCUACAUGAAGCAGGGCAUGACCCGCUACAUGGACUCUCUCCAGACUACUAUUCCUGACUUGACUGAUUUCUACGAGAACGGUGGAAAGAUUAUCCACUUCCACGGCGAGCAGGAUGAGUCGAUCCCCACUGGCUCCUCCAUCCACUACUACAACUCCGUUCGCCAGACCAUGUACCCCGGCAAGUCAUACAACGCUUCCACUGCUGCCCUGAAGGAAUGGUAUAAGCUCUUCCUUGUUCCCGGAGCUGCUCACUGUGACACCAACACCGCCCAGCCCAACGGUCCCUUCCCCCAGACCAACUUCGAGGUUAUGUCUCGCUGGGUUGAGAAGGGUAUUGAGCCUGUCACCCUGAAUGCCACCAUUCUUCAGGGUGACUACGAGGGUGACAACGAGCAGCUCUGUGCCUGGCCUCUUCGUCCUUACUGGAAGAAUGGAGGCAAGAACUUCACCUGCGAGUACGACCAGGCCUCCAUUGACACUUUCAACUACAACUUUGAUGCCUACAAGCUGCCUCUGUACUAA